AUGGCACCAAAAAGAAGUGUGAGCGUUAACAAACGAACGGCCCAGACACCGGCAGCGCCGAAGAGACGAGAGCUUAACGCCUCAUAUGAAAAUUCGUUGGUGGCGUCGCAGCACACGCUGAGCAAUUCACAAGCGUGGAAUGCCAGCCACGCACUCAAAGCAAAUAAAAGAAGCGCAGGGAACGGACCAACAGCUUGUACGACGCCCGAAAGAGUCAAAACUCAGGCACCCGUCAUGGUCGUGGUGAGUCCUAAGAAGGACGAGAAAGCCGAUCCUUCUUCUGUGAAACUGCGAGCACUUGGAGGAGCAGAAAGUGGAAGCGAUGGAGUUGUGGCAUCAGUUGAACACUUAUGCGAUGGACUUUGCGCCGCACUCGUUGUCCGCUCCUAG